AGAAAAGAGGAAGAGAAACACGAACACAGCUCUUCAAAAGGCUCAGACUUUGCUUUGAGUGAGAGAGACUAGAAGAAGAAGAAGAAGAAUGCAAGUUUCAGGUGUAAUAAGCGACGUGUCGUUGAUAGUUCCGAAGAGCGGUGGUCUCAGGUCGCCGGAGUUGAGGCAAUUCCAAUUUCAUUCACUAUCCGAUUCCAAGUCCUUUGUUAAUUCUUCUGGUUUUUUCAGAAGUGGCCGUUCAUUUUACAUUCCCAAGCUUGGGAAUGGACUGUAUAAGUGUCGAGCAAGGUCCAUGAUUGUGAGAGCAUCCGAGGGUUCAAGUGAUAAUUUGGUGCCAGUUGCUCCUCUUGAAUUUGAAUCCCCAAUUGGCCAGUUUCUUGCACAAAUAUUGCAAACCAAUCCGCAUUUAUUGCCUGCAGCCAUUGAUCAGCAGCUUGAGAACCUUCAAGCUGAUAAAGAUGCCCAGAGAGAAGAAGUUCCCCCUUCAUCGCAAGAUUCUCUCUACAAGAGAAUUGCUGAAGUUAAAGAAAAGGAGAGGCGCAAUGCACUGGAAGAAAUACUGUACUGCUUGAUUGUUUGGAAGUUUGUGGAGAAUGACAUUUCAAUGAUUCCAAAGAUAUCACCAACUUCAGAUCCUGCUGGUCGGGUGGAUUUUUGGCCAAACCAAGAGAGGAAACUAGAAGUUGUUCAUUCACCUGAAGCAUUUGAGAUGAUACAGAACCAUUUAUCUCUUGUACUAGGGGAGCGAGUUGUCGGUCCCUUAGAUACCAUUGUUCAGAUCAGCAAAAUUAAACUGGGAAAGCUGUAUGCUGCAUCAAUAAUGUAUGGUUAUUUUCUUAAAAGAGUUGAUCAGCGGUUUCAGCUGGAAAGAACCAUGAAAACACUUCCUGAGGGUUUCACCAAAGACCAAGGUCCUGAAGAUCCAUCACCAGCAAACUGGCUGUGGGAUCCUGAUUCCUUGAUCAGGGUACCGCCUGAUGAUGACUAUGAUAGUGACAGCAUAAGCAAAUCGUAUAGGCUGAGAUCCUAUGUAAUGUACUUAGAUGCAGAUACUCUUCAGAGAUAUGCUACCAUAAGGUCCAAGGAAGCCAUUUCUUUGAUUGAAAAGCAGACACAAGCCAUUUUUGGCAGGCCUGACAUUAGGAUUGCCGAGGAUGGCUCAAUCGACACAUCCAAUGAUGACGAGAUUGCACUUACUUUCUCUGGGUUGACAAUGCUUGUCUUGGAGGCAGUUGCAUUUGGAUCAUUCCUGUGGGAUGCUGAAAGCGAUGUUGAAUCCAAAUACCACUUUGUAAAAAGCUAAGAACACCCUGUUGUUAUGUGUACACUCUUGAGGCUGUAUAUAUGUAAUGUAAUGAGCAUGUUCUAAUUGAUUUAAAGUACAUAUAAAUAUGUGAUUUAGGCAUCUUUUUUCCAUAUAAAUGUAUACUGUUUGUUCA